AAAUUACAGUAACUAAUUACUUAGUAACUAGUUACACCCAACACUGUUUGAGAGUCAGUCAAGAAGUAAGGUAAGAAUAACUGCAUAUUAUUACAAAAUAGUAGUGCUUUUACACCUUCUAUGUACAUAAACUUGUUGUUUAAGCCAAAAAUACAUUGUAUGGGUCAAAAUUAUCGUUGUUUCUUUUAUGCCAAAAAUCAUUAGGAUAUUAAGUAAAAUCAUGUUCCAUGAAGAUAUUUUGUAAAUUUCCUACCCUAAAUAUUUAAAAAGUUUAUUUUUGUGAGUGGAUGGCCUACAGUGCCUCUGAUAUACUUCAAAUGCAAUUUUCUCAAUAUUUAUAUUUUCUUGCACCCUCAGACUCCAGAGUUUUAAACAGUUGUAUAUCCUCUAGAUAUUGUCCUGUCCUAACAAACCCAUACAUCAAUAGAAAUCUUUAGGUUCAGUUUUAUUAUUAUUCAGCUUUCGGGUGAUGUAAAAAUCUCAAUUUCGAAAAAAUGACCCAUAAGAAUGGUUUUGUUGUCCAGGGUCACACAUGCUUUCAAAUUAAUUUGUUGGAGCUGUUCCUAAAUUCCAGGUUGUCAGGUCCCAUUGAUUUAUAUCAGUUUCAAUAGCCCUUUUAAUCAGAUUGAUUUGGUUCUCAAACAACAGAUGGCACAUGUGUUUUGUCAUAAUACAUUAUUACCUUGUGUGUGUGUGUUAUAUUCGUUGCCUCCAGUUAUUUAUCGGCAGUAACAUGAAGGGCACCCACGGUCACGAGUGAGUGAUGAAUAAAGUAGACGAGAUAGGCUACUGUUUCUUUUUUUUUAAGCAGAAUAUAGUUUCUUAAAAGCAUCGAAGGUCAUCCCAAAGAUGAAAACCGAUGGCUGAGCCUUUUAUAAUGAAGAUCACAGAUGAUUUGUUAUUUUUCUUGUUCUGACAUCAAUCCACUAGUCAUCGAUUGAAAAGGGUUUGUCUGGCUAAACAUGCUGUGACACUUGCGUAAUUUAAAUAGCUUUUUAUACUGACUGGUGAUGACUCAAAUAGAAAUCUGUGCGGACACCACAGCAUACAUUCAGUCACUAAACUUAACUGAGUCAAAAAGCUUUAAGAUUUUUUCCUUUUUUGUGAAGACACUAUUUUAACUUGACACCCUUUAUUCCGACCUUGUUGUUACCGAGUCUGGUGGAAACAUCAGAGAGAAAUGUGUGAAAAGCUACAAUGCCCUCUAAUGGCCAGUAGUGCACACUGAACACAACAUACUAGCAGAAAAAUUGAUGGUUAAAAGAACUUAAAAGCCAUUUAAUAAAUGUUUUUUUUCUUUAUUGAUAUCAUUGUCAAAGUGAGGAUGGUUGAUUUGUGAUUCUUAACAGAGAAAAAGGGCUAGAUCUAUACAGAGAACAAGCAGAAAUGUGUUUGAGUUUGCGCUUUAAAAAAUGUUCCACGUUUAUUUGUGAAAUGAUUUACUUCUCAAAUCAGAGUAAAAUAAUUCUACUUUGUGUGCAGACAAAACAUAUUAAAAUAUUAUAAUAUUCAUACAAAAUGAUACGAGACCAAGUACCUUAAAGCUGGUGAAAGUUUUAUGAUUUAAAAAAGGUCCUUCUUUUUGUCUGUUUUUUUCUCAACUGUGAACAGAUUUUGAAAACAUUGCAAUGAUAAAAAUGUGAGCUUUGAAGCAGUGCGGUAAUGUUUAACAUGACUCAUCUGAUUGGGUCAUUGUAUGAGGUUAUGACCUGUAAAAAAUGAUAAAAUCCUCCAUUUUUUGUAUCAAUAAAUACACAUGCACGAAUGCACAGUCCCUGCCCUCCCUCUCCUUCUUUCUCUCUUUUUUUUGUGUCUUCCCAGGUAUAAAACAAGUGUGCUGCAAGUUAUCUGGGUCAAACACAAAGCAACCCCUACGGUCUUCAAGAGAGAAAGCAGAGAUAGAAUGAGGAAAACAGGGGGAAUGAGGAUAAACAAACAAACCACCCAUAGAACACAUCGACCCACUCCACGUGAUGUCACGUUUAUCACUGGGGCCAGAACUGAGCUAGUGAGAAAAAUAGAGAGAGAGAGAGAGAGAGAGAGAGAGAGAGAGAGAGAAAAGGAGAGAGCGUAAGGGGAUGUAUACGUAUUUGUGAACAUUGGAUUGUACCACUGUGGUAUUAUCUGGAUCGUUACAAGAGCCUGUGCUUUUGCACGUGUGGUUGUCCACAACUCAACAUGGCUAAAUGGAACUCAAAGCUCAAAUGGUUCCUUCUGGUCAACAUAUUACUGUCUGAUGUGGUAUUUUCUAGAGGUCCACUUCCACAGAGACCCCACAGCAACCUGGGGCCAAUCACUUCAUCCCAAUCAAGUUUGCCAGAAUCUCAAAUCCAUUUAGAAGGCGGUGAUGUCCAUCCUGCUUAUCAGCUGGUCUUAAACCUCUCUGCCUCUCUAAAAGGUCAACUGCAUCUCCACAGCAAUGCAAGCUGUGUGGAGCUCGCUAAUGGAAGCUGGAGAGGAAACGGUUUCUCUCAGGAGCUCCUGGGGUUGGCAAUGGUGCCUGUGUUGGUAUCAGCGAGAUGUUUGGUUGAAGCCCAAGAAUUGGUAAGGAAGCUCUACACAGUGCUGGGCCAAGAGGAUACGCAUGAACUUGUGCAGGACGUGCUGAUUUUGAUCAAAAGAGGCAAAGAGAAGGAAUCGACAAAUGCCGCUCAUCACACCUUUAGAAACACAAGCCAUAGCACCUCCUCUCCCACAAUACUAAGCCAAGUGUCACAGCACCAUCUGCAAGCUUUGAUUUUUAACAUUAACCAGCUGGCCGAACUGGGAAAAGGCGUAGAUAUUUAUGAAGGUGAAGAUGGACCCAGGGGACAAUGCAGGGGGUGGGUUAGGGUGAAGGGCACACAGUUAUUGGGGGUGGCUGCAGAACAGAUUGAACCAUUGCGCCUUGACGGGGCGCAGAAAGCCUGUCGACGCUUGGGACUCCGCUGUGCAGGUGUGACCCAAGACGGUAGUUACAAUCCUGAAUAUUAUCGUGUUAUCUUAAGGACUGGCAGUCGAGUACUGCCUUCAUCUUCCUCGGAGAGCUGGAUUCAGAACUGCAAACCGGCGGUUAUACGCUGGCGUAGAAAUACAGUUCCUCAGAAUAACUGCAUGAACAAAAAAGAGAAGCAAGUGUAUACCAUGGUGGAGUGGAUCCCUGCGGUCUCUACUCUAUAUAAUCUGGGAACGGCUGUUUACUAUGCGUCGGUUAACUGCUAUGACACCGCAAAAGAAAGAGCAAUCCUCAGUACUGUGGAUCUGGGCACAGACGCCCUCAUGGCUGUGACUGGUGGAACCGCAGGGGUUGCCGGUUACGCGUUUGGAGCAGGUCUGAAAACUGGGGUGAAGGCAGGGGUUAAAUACCUGCUAAACAGCAUGAAAGAAGAAGAUGACCUGUUGAUGAAUCCGAAUAGCUGGGAGGAUGGAACCCUGAACGUCCAAUAAGAAAUGUACAGGGGAAUGAUGGCCAUUGACAGAAAGAUGAGACCAGAGCCAGAGGAUGGCAAAACUGCUCCAGUACACACCUGCAGUAAAUCAUGUUUAGGAAACUCUAUUUGAAGAGUUUGCUUCCAAAAUGAGAAAUUUUUUCAAAAAUCAUGUUUUUUUAUUUGGCAAUCCUAUUAAUAUAAAUGAAACUGCAAUUGGUUUGUUUUUGAUUUAAGCCAUAAUAACAAAAAAAUACAGCUAACUUACACAACAAAAACAUUAUAACAUAACAAAAAAAAGAUCUCAUUUUGGAACCAAACUCUUCAUUUAUUUAUGGACAUAUUAUAUAAUAUGCACAGUGACCAUUUACAAUGUUAGUCAUAUUAUGUAUAGUAAAAGCAAUAAUUGUAUUAUUUGUAUACUUGUGACUCGUUUUAAGGUCAUUGAUAUGAUUGAAUGGAGUCCAUGUUACAUCAUACAUCAAAACGAUCAAUUUCUAAUCAAAUAUAUAAACGGAAAACAAACAGUAAAAGACCAUAUCAUUUUAGUCAUUGAAAAUAAAUUUGAGUUAUUUGACUAUAAAUGUAAUAGUUAAUAGUAUAACAUUAAUAGCGAGAAUUUAUCUUACACUAAUUCCCUGUUUAUAUUUUACUCUUUUUGUAAAUGCAAAAUCGUCAUUUUAUAUGCACAGAUUGAAAUAAAGAAUAAAGAUUGGA